UAAACGCGUGUUUACCUAAUACAGUCUGUGGUGUUUACAUCAUAGUUUACGUCUAGUUCACAGUUUUCUGGAAGCCUCUGGAGAAAGCUUUGCAAAUAUGUUUAAGAACAUGCAAUACCGAUUUUGCACAAACUACGACCAUGUGGAUUAAUAUUUUUAUGGCAGACUUUUUGAGCUCCCUUUGAACUGACAAACUGAAGGUUUCACAGUUUAGUCAUCAAGUCGGACUUUUGACCUGAGGUUUUUUUUUUUUUAGAUGUAACCAGUCCGUUGUUUUGGUCGGACUGCUGAUGUAUUUCAGAGAUAAAACGAUGUUUUCGUUCGUUGUCUUUUCGGUCUGUUAUUCUUUAAUAUCAGCUGUGGUUCAAGUAGAGCCAAGUGAGAUCUCUUCUUACGUAGCUGCUGUGUACGAGCACAGUUUAAUCCUGAACCCGGAGCCUCAUGUCCCCCUGUCACGCGCCGCUUCCCUGCAGCACCUGCAGAGAAACCUGGACAUCUACGAGCAGCAGGCUGCACGAGCCUCCCAGCAGGGUGCCCAGAUCCUGGUGUUUCCAGAAGAUGGUCUUCAGGGAUUCAACUUCAGCCGUUCAUCCAUCUCUGGGUACCUUGAAAUAAUUCCUGACCCCCAGCAAGAGAGGUGGAACCCCUGCACAGAGCCUGGCAAAUACAACAACACUGAGGUUCUCCAGCGCUUGAGCUGUAUGGCUCGUCGUAACAAACUCUACCUUGUGGCCAACAUGGCUGGCCUGCAGCCCUGCCCCCUGAAGACCGACCCCACCUCCUCCUGUCCCUCUGAUGGACGCUGGCAGUUCAACACCAACGUGGUCUUCAGCUCAGAUGGCCUGCUGGUGGCACGCUACCAUAAAAACAACCCCUACUUUGAGGAGGCCUUUAACACUCCGCCACAACCUGAGAUCAUAACUUUUGAUACACCUUUUGCCGGGAAGUUUGGCCUUAUCACCUGCUUUGACAUCCUCUUCAACGAGCCCACAAUUACCCUGCUGGAAAAGGGCGUGCGUCAGUUAAUCUUCCCCACAGCCUGGAUGAACCAACUCCCCCUCCUGGACACAAUCCAGUUCCAGCAUGCCAUCAGUUUGGGUGCCAAUAUCACCCUGCUAGCAGCCAACAUUCGUAGUGAUACUCUUAUCAUGACUGGAAGUGGUAUCUACACCCCUUUUUCUGCCACCUAUCACCACGCACAAAGAGGAGACUCAGAGGAGGGCAGACUGCUCGUUGCUAGGGUGCCGGUCUUAGAACAGGAUGGGGCGUUUGCAGCAGAGUCGAAAUCAUCUACAGCAGCAGACUCUGGUUUCUGUCAUCAAGAGAGCUGUUCUGAUGCUUCUCCAGUCCCUCCCUCCUCAGACACCUUCACUUCCUCCAUGAUGUGGGACCCAUUUACAUUUGUCCUCUUAAAGGAAACAGAAGGCAGAGUUAAUGUGUGCAAUGGCACCUUUUGCUGUCACCUGCAGUACCAGCGGUUUCCACUGGGAGGCAGUAAUGAAUUGUAUGCAUUAGGAGCAUUUGCUGGAACUCAUAUCGUGAAUGGACGCUAUGCUGUGCAGGUGUGUGCACUCGUCCGUUGUGCAGGGUUGGACCUCAGCUCCUGUGGGCAGGAAGUGGAAGAGGCCGAGUCUAAAAUGGACUUCCAAUUGGAGGGGAGGUUUGGAACCAGAAAUGUGUACCCGUCAGUUUUGGCAAGCAAGAUGGUCCUGGAGCAGCCAGAGCAUUUUGAAAAAGGUGCAGAUGGCAGAGUGAUCUUGAAACACUCAAACAUGAGUGGUGGGCUGGUGACUGCGUGUCUGUACGGACGGAUGUAUCACCUGGACAAUGAAUGAACUGCUUAAGAGAAAUAUCUCAAUAGUUUUAGAAAAUAAUUUUCUGAGCAAGAUGGGAACCACUUCCUUCAUUUCCACACUGCAACAAAUCAAAAAACAAAUAUCUUUAUUUAAUCAUUACUUAAUCUUUACAAACAUUGCACCAAGUAGUUCAUCCUCUUCCUGAAAGUCGGUUAUUCCUAAAAAGGCAAUAAUUAUUAAUUUUUCUUUCUCUCUCCCCCACACACAUAUCUCUUACACACACACACAAACACACACACAUAUCCACAGUGUCAGCAACGUUCCCCUGUCUCCAGUACAGUACACAGAUUUAAGUGGUUACAGCAUUGCAAGUUAAAAGUUUCAUGGGUCGCUCAUUCAGGUUGUCAAUCAUCUUAUUUCUUACCGAUCAUACAGUAAAUGGGUCUUGGAUCUACGUGCUGUCAGAAUCCCCUCCUAAGGAUUCGGUCUCCACUCAAAAUAAAUUUGUAGUGUUCAAAAAUAAUUUCCUUUACUAGAAUUAAAGUGGUUUAAAAACAA